GUGCUUGUUGAGCGGCGGCGGCAACCGACGUACACAGUGGGCUUGAGCGUUCUGUGGGGUGAGCCAGAUAUCGGACCAUGAACUUGGGAGAUGGUUUAAAGCUUGAAACUGAAUUAUUGGAUGGAAAAACCAAGCUAAUAUUGUCCCCAUAUGAACAUAAAUCAAAAAUUUCUGUGAAGAUGGGAAAUAAGACCAAGAUUGCAAAAUGUCCUUUAAGAACAAAACAAACUGGAUAUGUUCUAAGAUCAACACAAAAUACUUGUGUCAGGAGUGAAAAACUUUUACAAAAGAAGAGAAUUGGUUCAGAAACUUCACUGGCAGAAGGUGAAAAAAAUAGUAUGACUUUUUCACCCACUAAGGAUUUAUGCAAGCAGUAUGCAGAUAAAGAUUGUCUUCAUAUCCAGAAAGAAAUUUCACCUGCAACCCCUAAUAUACAGAAGUCUAGAAACACCAUAAAUACAUCUCUAGUAGCUAAAGAGAAGCCUUGCAAAAAACACAUCACAGCUGAAAACAUGAAGAGCGGUUUGGUGUGUCUAACACAAGACCAACUACAACAGAUCUUGAUGACAGUAAACCAAGGAAAUAGGUCUAUUUCCCUGACUGAGAAUGGAAAGGAGGAGGAAAGAAAUCAGUACAGUCUACCUUUAAAUAAUAUUCCUAAUCAGCCAAAGGACAAGAACAUUAUGGGACUAGUCCAGAAAACGGAGGCUGUUUCGUCUGUUCAGGAUGAAAAUAAAUCUGUUUUAAAUAAAAAUCAGGAGACGUCUGAACAGUAUGAGCAGAAAAUUGCCACAGAGAAUCUGUGGAAACCAGCUGACAUAUUCAGUACUCUGGGGGAAAGAGAACGUGAUAGAAGUUUGUUGGAAGCAAAAAAAGCCCAGUGGAGGAAAGAGCUUGAUGAACAGGUUGCUUUAAAGAAGAAAGAAAAAGAAGCCUCUGAAAAAUGGAAUAAUCCUUGGAAAAAAUCAGAAAGUGAUAAAACAGUAUGUGAAAAACUUGGAAUUUUUGACCAAUCUAAGACUUCUGCUAGCUCUUCCAGUAUUCUGUCACAGUCUCCUAUUCAGGUAGCGCUGAUCCAGGCUGAUGGGCACUCAUUACCUAGAGCUAGUCAGAUAUUAGAGGAAGCAGUACCACUGGGGCACCCUUUCAGUGCUGUGAAACAAGAACAGCAGAGAAAAUGGAUUGAAGAGUUGAACAAGCAAAUAGAAGAUGACAGGCAAAGAAAAAUAGAGGAAAAAAUUAUAUCUUCAAAGGGUGAGGAACAUGACAGAUGGGCGAUGCAUUUUGAUUCAUUAAAGAGCUAUCCUGGUUCUCGGUCUCAGUUGUCUUCUCAGUCAACACACAAACAACCAGAGUACUUCUGUGUCUCUCCGGACACUCAGGAGCUGGCUGAUAUCAGCAGUGUUUGUACACCUACAACUGGAACCCAUGUUGAACCUUCAGAGGAGGAGCAUUUAGUAAAACCUGUUGGAGAUGUGGCUAUGGCAAACAGUCAAAAAACGAACUUUCUCCGUUCCAUGACUGCUCUCUUGGACCCAGCUGAGAUAGAGGAACGAGACAGGCGGCGACAAAAACAGUUAGAACAUCAGAAAGCCAUUACUGCUCAGGUAGAAGAGAAGCGCAGGAAGAAGCAGCUGGAAGAAGAGCAAAGAAAGAAGGAAGAACAAGAAGAGGAGCAUCGUUUAGCACGGGAACGAGAAGAGAUGCAGAAACAGUAUGAAGAAGACAUGUUUAAGCAAAAACAAAAGGAAGAAAUCAUGACUCUCAAGACAAAUGAGCUGUUCCAGACAAUGCAGAGAGCGCAGGAGCUGGCACAGAGACUGAAACAAGAACAGAGAAUCCGAGAAUUGGCUCAAAAGGGACAUGACACCUCUAGAUUGAUUAAAAAUCUUGGUGUUGAUACAAUACCAGUGGAAUAUAAUGCAUCUACUAACAACAUUUCCAAUUCAAGACAUGGCUUGGAUGAAGUCAGUGGUAAAUGUAAUAGAUGUAUCAAUUCUGUGAUCUCUCCCAAGAAGGAUACUGGUGUGCAAACAGAUGACUUAAAUACAGGAAUAUUCACCAAUGCAGAAUCAUGCUGUGGAUCAGUAAUAGAGAGGGAAAUUAUAAAUUGUUCAUCUCCCGAGAUUCCUGCAGAAUUUAAUCAACAGUUUAACACUAAGAAAAACAAACAAGUAGUAUUAAGUAGGGAUAAAGGCGCCAACUUAGAAAAAGAAAACAGUUGGUAUAAUGACCAGUGUAAUCAGUUCACAAGAACAGAGAAACAAAUGAAACAUAUGAAGAAAUGUCCUAAAAGGCCUGAUUGGAAUAUAAAUAAGCCAAUCAAAAGGUAUAUCCCAGCAUCAGAAAAGUACCCUAAACAGCUUCAAAAGCAAAGAGAAGAAAAAAAGGUAAGAAGGCAGAUGGAACUGCUUAAUUUGGUAGAAAUAAAUAAUUCCGGACACCUCUCUCAAAAUAGAGGCACUUCACCAGAAGUUUUUCAUUCAUCUCAUCAAGAAACUGAGCCAAGGUUCAAGUGGCAUCUAGUCAAAAAGGAAGAAGAGCCUCUGAAAAUUAAUUCUUUCAGCAAGGAAAGGUCUCAGUCACCAAAAGUUCCAGCAGUGAACAACAGAACGCAACAAACUCAGACGCUAAAAAACACUAAUUACGAGAGAGAGAAUCUUAUCUCAGGAGGCAAUCAAACAGCAUCAUCACCUGGAAUUUCUGAACCAUCCCAUUUUAUUCCCUAUGUCCGAACCAAUGAGAUCUAUUACCUUGAUCCAGAUGCACCAUUGUCUAGGCCUUUAACUCAGGAUCCUCAGUACCAAAAUCCAUAUGACUAUGACCAAGAACGACAGCUGGUUGACUCUGACCAUGUGAGGGACCCACUUCUUAAUCCUAACUUGGUGAAAAACAGGGAUCGACAGCAAGCAAUCCUUAAGGGACUAUCAGAACUGAGACAGGGCCUUCUCCAGAAGCAAAGGGAGUUGGAAACUAAUCUCAUGCCUUUAGCUGCAAAUCAAGAAGAGAAUUUUAGUUCUACGUUUUAAAUGUAGACAAUCAAAUCCUUCACAUUUGAUUUGUGUCUUCCAAAUUAUAAAAUGUGCUUGUUACUUAACUGUAUUUUUUAAAUAGCCUAGAUUUAUUUUUUAAAUGCUUAUUUAAAAUGUGUACAUUAUAUAGUAAAAUGCUGUGUGUAUAUAUAUAUUUUUUACAAUAAAACAUACUUUUGUAAAAGCUUAGUAGUAAAAAACCAAUUUUUUUGCUCUGUCACAAUCUGGGUAUUUAAGUCCUAUAAAAAAACACUUUCUACUUACCUUGACAGGCUGGAGUUUCUGACCUAUUAACAGCCAAUGUUCUUCCACACUUUAUAUGUAGAUCAUAAGUGAAAUACCACUUACGUAUUUUGCUCUAUGAAGAGAUUUAAAAGAGUAGAACUCUUCCAAGUUUUUUGAGGCGCCAAAGGAAGGUCUGACUUAACAAUCCCAACAACUUUUAAUUCUAAACCCAGAUUCAGUUUAGGCUCAUGUGGUAAUUUUUCUUUUCUCUAGAUCCUGUUUUUUAUGACUUUUAUUGUAUAAACUGUAGUUUUCAAAAACACAAGUUUGCAUUAGAUAUGGUUUUAAAAUUGAUCUCCACUAUAUACUUUAUCUGUGAAUUUAAAAAGUUAUUUUUAGUAUAGCACCUAAGUGCUUACCACCACAAAAAUAUACUUCCAUUUUUCUAAGACUACCAAUUUAAAAAUCUAUAGCAAAUUAUUCAAUGUUUUUUAAUAAACAGAAACCUAUCUUUUGAAUUAUGAAUUUGGUUAAGUCAAGGACCACACAAGCACUGAAAAUUGUAAUUAUCAAAUACUCUCAAAAUUAAAAGUUGACCAAAAUUUUAGCAGCAGGCGAUUUUUCCAUGGCUAAACCUAAAGAUAAAAAAUAAUGCUGCCUGGUAUUAAAUCCUAAGUCCUAUGUACAUGGUUUAUCAUCUAAAUGAAACUGCACUGGUAGAUAAAUCUUGAGGUAUUCAGCCAAAAUCCUGAAAAUAUUUGUUAACUUCACUGGCUUAUACCUGUGUAAAAACACUCUACAAAAGCUUAAAUCAAAAUAAAUACAACAGUUGAUAUGUCGUUUCAGCAAAAGUAGUUGGUAUCGGACAUUAGAGGGAGAAAAAAUGAAAGCCGUUGCU